AUGGCGCCCACAAUGCAUCUACUACCCGCUGUCAUCCCAGUGCUGCUGCUCGCAUUGACCAGUAUAUCAAUGGAAGCCUUGGCGAGCGUUUUGAAUCCACUUGGUACACUGGAAAAGCGGAUAAUGGGAUCCGCCAACUCGUCCAUCAACGACGGGGAGGGAAGUCUUUAUGGGAAAAAGUACAAGUUCUUCUACAUCGUUCCGAGCCUGGACAUAUUAAAGUACACCCCAGCCACUGGACAUAACAAUUCUCGUCUGAAAACGACCGGUUCCGUACCGAUCCCUCACCGUAACGCAUCUCAGGCCGAUCUACUACUGCUAGCACCCUCCUUUGUAGCUCUCGGUGACGGAACAUCUUCCAGGCGGCUAACCGACUCCGACCAGCGUAGACUCUCCGUGGAGCUACACAAGGUACGCCAUUUUGCAACGAUUGCAGGUGUACAACCGAACGCAGCUAGUGCACAGCGGGCGAAAACUCGCCCCGUUGAUCUCGGUGUGUUCGCUACCCAACACCACAUGCGAGAGGAGCAACGUACGCCAUACACGUACCGUCCAUUGUCAUCGGACACAUACCACAGCUACAAGUCCAACCGAUACUACAUCUACACUGACCCUGUGCGGCUGCGUGGAGACACCGGUGAACGUCACGCACACCGACGCGAUCCGGCGUCGGCUGAUGAUAGUCACAAAAGUCGACAACCGGAUGAAGAUCCAGUUGGCUCGCUCGUCUAUCACCGACAGGUGCGAUCAUUCAACAGAUCGGAUGAGGUUCCGGAACGGGAGAAGAGCGAUCGCUUCAAGCGCCGAAGUGCGGUCGAUGAUAUGUUGAGCAAGAACAUUACCAUUAUACUGGAGAAUCUUCUGAAGCGAUACGAAAACUCACAAAUUCCUACGCACGGACAAGGUGUACCAACUUUGGUGGAGACCAACAUUCUCAUACGAAGCAUGGGACCUGUUUCAGAGCUCGAUAUGGACUACUCGAUGGACUGCUACUUCCGGCAGUACUGGCGUGAUAAACGGCUUAGCUUCCGCGGUCCAAUCAAAAGUCUCUCGCUCAGUAUUAAAAUGCUGGAACGCAUCUGGCGCCCAGACACAUACUUCUACAACGGCAAGCACUCGCACGUACACACGAUCACGGUGCCAAACAAGCUGCUGCGGCUCAGUCAGGAUGGGGAGAUACUUUACUCGAUGCGGCUUACAAUUAAAGCCUCCUGCCUGAUGGAGCUACGAAGCUUCCCGAUGGAUCGCCAGUCCUGCCCGCUGGUGCUGGGAAGUUAUGCCUACUCCCGGCAGCAGCUCGUGUACCAGUGGAAGGACGAAGACUCGGUCAACUUCGUACCGGGCAUGACGCUCAGCCAGUUCGAUCUGAUGAGCUUCGGGCAGAAGAACUAUACCUUCAUCAGGCGCGAGGGUGAAUUUUCCGUCCUGCACGUGUCGUUCAACUUGCAGCGUCACACGGGCUACUUUCUCAUACAGGUGUACGUGCCGUGCAUACUGAUCGUGGUGCUGUCCUGGGUGUCCUUCUGGAUUCACCGUGAAGCGACGAGCGAUCGGGUCGGGCUGGGCAUAACGACAGUGCUGACGCUCUCCACCAUCAGUCUUGACUCGCGGACCGAUUUGCCGAAGGUGCGGUACGCAACCGCGCUGGAUUGGUUUCUCCUCAUGAGCUUCUUCUACUGCAUAGCGACACUGCUCGAGUUUGCCGGUGUGCACUACUUCACCAAGGUCGGUAGUGGUGAGAUACCGCUGGAUGAGGAGGAAUGGGAAGACAUGGAGGGUGUGGCAGAGAUACGGGAUUUGCCAUCGCUGCAGCAGCAUCUCAGUACGGCCGUCGCAAUCGAGUCGCCCCGACUGCUUGCUGCCCGCCGUCGUAGCUCCCUCAUCUGUCCAAUCUACAACGAUCCAACGCACAUGUUCAAACCGACCUCCUCACACCUCUCGACGAUGGAACGCACCACGCAAACUGAACCGCCAAAGGAACCGACAUGGAAGCAGGUUUGGCUGUGCUUCCUGGGUGAUGAUCAGUUCCGGCGCCGUCGUCAGCGGGAAGCAUCCGCCCGAGGUGGCGGUAACCGGCAUGUCAAUAGCGUUUCGCUCAUCGAUCAAGCAGCGCGCAUUCUCUUCCCUAUGUCGUUCACGUUCUUUAACAUUCUCUACUGGCUAGUGUACUACACCUACCAAGCGGAUUUUACCUGGACUCCGUUGAAAGAGGUUUAAACGCCUAAUGAGCUUUGUUCUGGAAUUAUCAAACAAUAUUUUAACGCGAUAAACAACCGGUUCCGAUGCCACUCCAAACAACCAUGAGCAAAGGCUGCUAAGGCGGGUAAGUUCAACAUUCUCCGCAUGACAGCAUACUUGCGAGUGAAAAUAUUUCGAGACGCACACUCAAAUUAGACAGGCAGGUGGGAGCGUGGUUGUCUCCAGAAACGAAUUCCUUUGCCAAAACAGCGGUGUGUGUGAUGUUUGAUAACGUACUUGCUUUCUUUUCCUUAUAAACACACAAAAAUAGAGAGAAUUUUAAAGAUGAUGAAAGAAAAGUUUCAAUUACAGGGGCAAUACGUUUUAACCUGCACCAGAUAAAAGUAAACACAACCCCCUGAAUAAUCCCUUCGAUGGCCUUCCUGUAGAUUGUGUUUCAUAUAUUGCGCCUAAAGGUAUGCAACAUCGAUGUAACAAUAUUCAAACGGGAUGGUUUUGUUAGGUGUAGAAUGCAUUGCAUACAUUCGGGCGCUCCAGCGAAGAGGCAGACGUUUAACAUCGAAUAGUUGUUAGUGGACAGGUUAGCAAGCAGUAGAGCAAGUCAACCAGAUGAUAAAGCAUCCAUCACACAUGGUGUCACCAAUCAAAAACAGGUUUCCUUCUAUUCAAACAAAGGUUUCACCAGCAAAACAGAAUAAAGCGAGGUAAAAUAAAUUUCCAUGAUGUCACGAAAUCCGUCACAAGUAAUUUGGCAUAUAUAGUGAGAUAAGCUGAUCGUAGACAAGCCCACACGCACAUGUGAAAACGGUUUGCAACACAAAUUACCUAAUAAAAUGGCGCGUGUUUCAGUAGA